CUCAGACUCACUCUGGACCAGCCGCAGUCACAGCUGCAGGACCUCUCUGGACCAGCUCAGUCGCAGACUGCGCAACCACCAGACCACUGCGGCAAACAAGCCCAGCUGAGCCAAGCAAUAGCGAUGGCCGACCCCGAGAAGCAGGGACCCGCUGAGAGCCGCGCCGAGGACGAGGUAAUGGAGGGCGCUCAGGGUGGCGAGGAUGCAGCAACCGGUGACAGUGCCACUGCACCCGCGGCCGAGGAGCCCCAGGCCCCCGCGGAGAAUGCGCCCAAGCCCAAAAAUGACUUUAUCGAGAGCUUGCCCAAUCCCGUCAAGUGCCGGGUUCUGGCGCUCAAAAAGCUGCAGAAGCGCUGCGAUAAGAUCGAGGCGAAAUUUGACAAGGAAUUCCAGGCUCUGGAGAAGAAGUACAAUGAUAUCUACAAGCCCCUACUCGCCAAGAUCCAGGAACUCACCGGAGAGAUGGAGGGCUGCGCGUGGACCCUGGAGGGAGAGGAUGAUGAAGACGACGAGGAAGAAGAAGAUGAGGAGGAGGAAGAAGAGGAGGCUGCAGCUGGCGCAACUGGGGGUCCCGACUCUGCCGAGAAGUGAGCACAGCAGCUGACAGACUUGAGACUGAUGAAAGGUUGUCAGUUAGAUGGGAAUUAAAGUGCGUCACACGUUGAAAUCCAUUCAUCACACUACACCUUAACACCCAAGCUAAGACAGAACUCUUCUCAAUGCUUAAUUCUUCAGUUUCUUUACAUUUCCCAGCGCAGAGGAAGAGGAACCCAAGAACGACGUCAUCUUUAAGACUUUUGCUUUUGCAAACCCAGACAUCAGCUUUACACUCCAGAGGAGACAAGGCAUGGAGGAAGGCUGGACUGACAGCAUUUACUGUUUAUGUGGCUAGAAAAACUGCCAUUUCAAGUUGUGAAAAAUGUUUUGAAUAUUUGAAUUUACAGAAAGAACACGGUUCCAAAAAUAAGGGUGUAUUCCAUGUAUAAUAUUGUCAACACGUGUUCAUCUGUAAUGGUCUCAUGUUAUCUGUUUUCUUGGUAGUGUUUGUUUACAAAAUCGUAAAAAUUACCCCAAAUGUUUUAAGUAUUAAAUUCCCUUAUAGCAUUUUAGAAAUAUAAUUUACUUGAAGAGAUGUAGAAUGUAGCAAUUCUGUAAAGCAUGUGUAUCCAGUGUUGCCUAGUUUGACUUUGUGAAGUCUUUUUGUCUUGUAGCUUUUAGCAAGUAGCUGUGAAAACCAUCAGAACUCCUCAAUGAAGCUAAUGUUUGGAAAAAAGUAUAUACUUGAAGAACCAACCCAAGUGUGUAUCCCCAACCCCAGCUCAGAAAUAGGAAGGAUUUAAGUUUGCUUGUAUUAGCUGUGCCUUCAUUAUUUUGCUAUGUAAAUGUGACUUAUUAAAUGGUGCAUAAUCAAAUUUUAUUGCUUGAGGACAAAAAUGGCAUAAAGGGAAGACUUUUGGGAAAAGACAUUUAAUGUAAAGGCCUUUAGCUUCUUUGUGGGUUUUGAACUAUCUGUGAAUCAAUGUUCUGUAAAGAAACACAAACGUAAAGUUGUUUACCACUGUGGUGUUAACAAAACAGUAUUUUCAAAAAUAAAAAAAACUUGUUAUUC